AUUUUCCACAGAGAAAUUCUCCACGAGAAAUCCAAGGUCCAAACGCGUUUCCGCGCGCUUUCGUAUCUUCUUCCUAGAUCUUCCGCUCAAUACCCAAUUUGGUUCUGUAUAUAAAUUACACUUAAAUUCCACCUAACUGAGAUACAUCUUCUUCUUGCCGGAGAUAUAGCUGCAACGUACUCUGUUACAGAGACUCACAGUAGAGUAAUGGCGGACUUGAACGGAGGAGGAGCUCAGUACACUGAUUUUCCGGCGGUGCCGACAUAUGGAGGCCAGUUCGUUCGCUAUAACAUAUUCAGUAAUGAAUUCGAAGUCACUGCAAAAUACGUUCCUCCUAUUAUGCCUAUUGGCCGUGGUGCUUACGGAAUUGUCUGCUCCAUGCUGAAUUCGGAGACGAAUGAGAUGGUUGCUAUGAAGAAGAUUAUGAAUGCUUUUGAUAAUUACAUGGAUGCUAAGAGAACCCUUCGUGAGAUCAAGCUUCUUAGACACUUGGAUCAUGAGAAUGUAAUAGCUUUAAAAGAUGUAGUUCCUCCACCUGUAUGCACAGAGUUCUCAGAUGUCUACAUAGCCAUCGAGCUAAUGGAUACUGAUCUUCACCAAAUCAUUAGGUCAAAUCAAAAUCUCUCCGAAGAACAUUGCCAAUACUUCUUGUAUCAACUAUUACGAGGCUUAAAAUACAUUCACUCUGCUAAAGUCAUUCACAGAGACCUGAAACCUAGCAAUUUGUUGUUGAAUGCAAAUUGUGAUUUAAAGAUCUGUGAUUUUGGACUUGCAAGACCAAAUGCAGAUAAUGACUUUAUGACUGAAUAUGUUGUGACAAGAUGGUAUAGAGCACCUGAGCUGCUACUCAACUCUUCAGACUAUUCAGCUGCCAUUGAUGUCUGGUCUGUUGGCUGCAUCUACAUGGAGCUCAUGAACAGAAAGCCUUUGUUUCCUGGUAAAGAUCAUGUGCAUCAGAUGCGACUAUUAACAGAGCUUUUAGGCACACCUUCUGAAUCUGAUCUUGGGUUUAUCAAGAACGAAGAUGCAAAAAGAUAUAUUGCUCAGCUUCCACGACAUCCUCGUAAAUCAUUGCUGAAUACUUUCCCUCAUGUUCAUCCAUCAGCCAUUGAUCUGGUUGAGAGGAUGUUAACAUUUGAUCCAACCAAACGUAUCACAGUUGAAGAGGCACUAGAGCACCCUUACCUCGAAAGAUUACACGAUGUAGAAGAUGAACCAAUUUGUCCGAAUCCAUUCUCAUUUGAUUUUGAGCAACAAGUUUUAGGAGAACAACAAAUCAAGGAAUUGAUCUACCAGGAGGCAUUAGCACACAAUCCGGAGUAUGCUUAAAAGGAAAAAAUAAAUAAAAAAUCAUCGGUAAAUUGUUUGAUAGAGUUUAUGUGUGUACUAAAUAAAUUUGUUAAAUUUAUUCCGUAGUGAUCAGAAACAUGUAAUUGGAAC